AUGGCCGAGCUCUAUGAUAAAAUAUCCAAGCUUGAGACUGCGCAUAAACAGUCUCAAACAAACCAACUAUUGGUGGAACUAGCUUCAACCAGAGAUGAGCUUAAAGAACUUCUAAACAAACAAUCAGCGAAGCUAUAUCUCUCCCUUAAGCAAAAGUUUUUUGCCCAUGGCAACAAACCUACCAAAUAUAUGUUGGCCCUGAUUAGACAACGUAAACGGAAAUCUAGGAUCUCGGUCAUUUUAAAUGAUAAGAAAGUUUUAGUCAAAGAUGACAUAGAUAUAGCAAAUGCUUUUCAGGACUUCUACUCAGCGCUAUACAAUAUUGAUAGGUCUGAUCCCGAAAUCACCCGUAGAGAGAAAGCAAUUCGCUCAUCAGCAUUCUUAAAUAAUCUUUCACUCCCAUCUUUGUUACCUGAACAAGCCACUGCUCUUUGCUCCCCAAUUACGCCUUCUGAAGUCAUGGCCACUUUAAAGCAAAUGGCGAAAGCCAUUUUCUCUAUGUACGGCUCACCUAGUGCAAAUAUUAAAGUGAACGAUACCCUCUCCCACCCGUUCCAAAUCAACAAUGGGACAAGACAAGGGUGUCCCCUCUCACCAAUACUCUUCAUCCUCACACUGGAACCACUUUUACAGUUUAUUAGACAAUCUGAGGAAAUUAAGGGUCUGGAAUGUGGAGGCUUGGAGAUCAAGCAAGCAGCUUAUGCUGACGACCUUCUGUUGUUGGUCUCCAACCCUCUACAGGCCUUUCCUGCCAUCAUCAAGCUCAGCCAGAAAUACGGUUCAGUAUUCACCAUCUGGAAAAUGUCAGAACCGGUGAUCGUUCUUUGCGGUUAUGAGACGGUGAAAGAGGGUCUGAUAAAUCACGCCGAGCAGUUCAGUGCACGACCGAUAAUCCCAGUGCUAUAUCACUCCACCAAGGGAUAUGGUAUCAAUGGACCACGAUGGCGCUCACUCCGCCGCUUCACCAUGACAUCUCUCAGAAACUUUGGGAUGGGAAAGAAGACAAUGGCGAUGACGGUGUUGGCAGAGUCCAAGAAUCUCAUACAGGCUGUAUCAGAGACGGGAGGAAAACCCUUCAACCUGAAAAUGCUCAUGGCCUGCGCUGUGGGAAACAUCAUCAGUUCUGUGCUGUUCGCGGAGCAGUUUGAUUACCAGGAUGAGAAGCUGCACGAGCUUCUUUCAUCGGCAUCCAGACAUGUUAAAGGGAUUGUGUCUCCACUAAGCACGCUCUGCAAUAUUGUGCCAAUUCUUCUGAAAUUCCAGAUCAUCAGGCAAAAACUCUUCAAAGAAUGCACAUUUCUGCAGAGGUUUACAACAAAAUAUAUAAAGCAUCAUAAAGAAACUUUGAAUCCGGAGGCACCGAGGGAUUUCAUUGACCAUUACUUGCUGAAGAUAAAAGAGGUGGAACAUGAAAUGGAUCCAGAUAUCUGUGAUACCAGUCUCCUCAUGAUGGUUACAGGACUUUUAACAGCAGGAACUGAGACGACGGCUUCUACCCUAAAAUUCAGCUUGUUGCUCCUGGCCCAUUAUCCGGAGGUGCAAGCUAAAGUUCAGCAGGAGAUAGACGAGGUAACCAAGUCUUUGCGUCUCCCCGAGAUGAUGGACAAGCCCCAGCUGGCAUAUACAAAUGCUGUCAUCCAUGAAAUCCAGAGAGUUCUUGACCUAGUUCCAACUGCACUUUUCCAUGCCAUCACUGAAGACAUCAAGUUCAGAGGCUACAUCAUUCCAAAGGGAACAACCGUGAUACCCUUCCUCUCAUCCGUCCUGACAGACCCAUCUCAGUGGGAGACUCCGGAAGUAUUCAACCCCGGGCAUUUCUUGGAUGAGGAUGGGCAGUUCCGCAACAGGUCGGCCUUCAUGCCUUUCUCAGCAGGGAAGAGAGUCUGUCUUGGAGAGAACCUGGCCCGCAUGGAGCUCUUUCUGCUUAUGUCCUCUCUGCUGCAAAAAUUUAUCUUCACCCUCCCCCCGGGGACAGAACGCCAGGACUCGAAAUUUCUGAGCCAACACAAGUUUGAAAUCAUUGCAUCAGCUGAGAUAUGCGCUGAGCCUCGCUUCUUGUCCAAGUGA